AGUCAGCGGGAGGGACUAUACUGUGUACGGCUGGACUGAGCAAGGAAAAAUUAUUUGCGAUCUAAGCAUCGCGAAAUUAAUGACUAUGAGUUCGUUCGUAAUCAAUAAUCAACAUUAUUCGGAACCGAAAUUUCCUCCUCCCGCAGAAGAGUAUGCUCAGACAGCCUCUAACUAUUUGCAGAAUGCGGUUAUGCAUCCGGAUUAUGUUUAUGGAAGGCAGCAAAGUUUUACUGGAGCAUUUCCGAGGAGUUAUCCGGAAAUUGACAGUUUUGCUUAUCACUGUCCUCAAAUGAAUAUAAAUUCUCCUGAUAUUGCAUCCUCAAGUAACUUGCAGAAUGGAUAUUCUGCUCAAAAUCGGAGCCCUGUAGCGUCUACGCCGUCUCCGGAAAAUUCGACGCCGCCAGAUAAUCACUCGACGUCCCAGACGAGUACCGUUAUUUAUCCAUGGAUGAAAAAAGUGCACAGUACAACUGGAACCGGUUACGGUGGGGACUCAAAAAGAACCCGGACCGCCUACACCAGACAUCAAAUUUUAGAAUUAGAAAAAGAAUUCCAUUUUAAUCGCUAUCUCACCAGGCGACGACGCAUUGAAAUUGCCCACGCUCUUUGCUUGACAGAACGCCAAAUAAAAAUCUGGUUCCAAAACCGAAGAAUGAAAUAUAAGAAAGAGCAUCGUCUGCCUAAUACAAAAGGAAGAUCUGAUGAAUCGUUAUUGGAUGAUCUAGACAAUUCGGAGAUGCAUGAACUUAAUAAUCCAUAAACUUAAGAUGGGUUAACAAGUUGUCAGGGAUACCUCAUUUGUUCGUCUAUUUAAGUAUUCGCUGUUUACGCAUGACAGUUGUGCAAAGACUAUAUAUACAACGUAAGUUCGGAUUUGUACAUACACUUACAUAUACGCAUUAAUACGUACAUGGAUAUUGUAACUAAAGCAUUCAUACUAAAAUUU